GUUAUAGUGUUGUGCUUAUGAUCAAUUUUCCCAUUUUUGAAGCCACAUUAUCGAUGGGAUAUAUUAAGAGAAUAUACAAUUGCGUGUUUAAUACAAUUUAACUUUUGUUCAGCUUAAGUUUAAUGAUAUAUAGUUGGCUUCAUUUAUUGCACAUCUAUAAAUGUGUAUGCAUCAUUCCAUGCAACUGUCAAACUCAAAUUGCAAUGGCUUCUAAAAUUUUGUUGGUGUGUAGUUUUCUUAUUUUGAGCUUGUGUUUUGGUGGUGCAAGAACUCAGGGUCUUUCAAGGAAUUACUAUGAUGUUUCAUGUCCUAAUUUGGCACCUAUUGUCAGAACACAGCUCAAGAAAGUCUUCAAGAAUGAUAUCGGCCAAGCUGCCGGAUUGCUUCGGCUCCAUUUCCACGAUUGUUUUGUCCAAGGGUGUGAUGGGUCGGUGCUGCUAGAUGGGUCGGCGAGCGGGCCGGGCGAACAGUCGGCGCCGCCAAAUCUGAGCCUGAGGGCGGAGGCGUUCAAGAUUAUCAACGAUCUCCGGCGAAGGGUUCAUGACAAGUGUGGUAGGGUUGUGUCUUGUGCGGAUAUUUUGGCCGUUGCUGCGCGUGAUGCUGUUUUCCUUUCAGGCGGACCAGACUACUACAUUCCCUUGGGGCGACGCGACUCCCUCAACUUCGCCACCGUGAAUGAAACCCUAGCAAACCUCCCACCGCCCACAAGCAACACCUCGGCCCUCCUGACAUCCCUGGCCCGCAAGAACUUCACCACCACGGACGUGGUAGCGCUAUCUGGCGGCCACACCAUCGGCAUUGCCCAUUGCUCCUCCUUCGCCGACCGCCUCUACCCUCAAGACCCCUCCAUGGACAAGACAUUCGCCAACAACCUGAAAGCCACUUGCCCCACCACCAACUCCACCAACACCACCGUCCUCGACCUCCGCUCGCCCAACACAUUCGACAACAAAUACUACGUUGACCUCAUGAACCGCCAGGGCCUCUUCACCUCCGACCAAGACCUCUACACCGAUCCCAGGACCCGCCCCACUGUCACCGCCUUCGCCAUCAACCAAACGUUGUUCUUUGAUAAGUUUGUCGCCGCCAUGAUCAAGAUGUCCCUGCUUGGCGUGCUCACGGGGAGCCAGGGCGAGGUCCGCGCCAAUUGUUCGGCUAGAAAUGCAUACUCUGUCUUGGUCUCUUCCGCUGGAGAAGCGGAGGAGGCACGGUCUGGUUUUUAAGGGCUUUUAUGUAAAUUCCGCGCAUGUUAUGAACUUAUGAUAAAUAAAUAACCUUGUUGUAUAUAUGCAAGUUGGUUAUCUGUAACGCCCGUACUUUUAAGUACUAAUUUAAUAUAUGUGUCGUGUUUAGUUAAAA